UACAAACAUGUACGACGUCUUGCGCAUCCAGGUUUUACGUUAUUAAACAUUUGAACCCAGCGUUAACAUCGCGUAAUGUAAUAGUGAAUCGAUAGAAUAUGCAGGACUGAUGAUCCUCGAACACAAUUGGUUUUGGUGAAAGUAAGCACGAGUAAAGGGUUGUUCAGAAAGAUUCAAGAACCAAAGUUCACUAUCAAAACACAGGAAGGAAGAAAAGCGCCAAAUAUUUACGUCGCACUCAUCGGAGAGCUCGUCAAAGGAAAACAACAACACGGUUCGAUCGUGAAUUUAACAAAUUCCGUUUUGCGGAAAACUUUUCAAUCUAACCCUGAUCGACGAUGGCCCAAAUGGAGAAAUCCCUUCAGUCCGUUUCAACGGUUGAAGAGGAGGAAGAUUGUGGACCAUUGUUGAUCGGUAAACUAGAGGGUAAUGGAAUUACAAACGGAGAUAUCAAAAAGCUUGCCGAAGCCGGAUUUCACACUGUCGAAGCGGUUGCGUUUGCCCCGAAAAAGCAGCUCCUAGCGAUCAAGGGAAUUUCCGAAGCGAAAGCGGACAAAAUCCUGCAGGAAGCAACGAAGCACGUCCCGAUGGGUUUCACCACAGCCACCGAGUACCAUCAGAAGCGUUCGGAAAUCAUUCAGCUAACAACCGGCUCGAAGGAACUGGACAAACUGCUCGGCGGUGGCAUCGAGACCGGCAGCAUCACGGAGAUCUUCGGGGAGUUUCGUACCGGCAAGACACAACUCUGCCACACGCUUGCCGUCACCUGCCAGCUGCCGGUGAGCCAAAACGGUGGCGAAGGAAAGUGCCUCUACAUCGACACGGAGGGUACGUUUCGGCCGGAGCGAUUACUGGCCACCGCGGAACGGUACAAGCUCGUCGGAGCCGACGUGCUGGACAAUGUGGCCUACGCGCGAGCCUACAAUACCGACCAUCAGAUGCAGCUGCUCAUGAUGGCCUCGGCGAUGAUGGUGGAAUCACGGUACGCGCUCAUUAUCGUGGACAGUGCCACCAGCCUCUACCGGACGGACUACUGUGGGCGGGGGGAACUAGCAGCCCGGCAGGGACAUCUGGCCAAGUUUCUGCGUAUGCUGCUUCGACUGGCGGACGAGUUCGGGGUUGCGGUUCUGAUCACGAACCAGGUAGUAGCGCAGGUCGACGGUGCAGCCAUGUUUAAUCCGGAUCCGAAGAAACCGAUCGGUGGCAACAUCAUAGCGCAUGCGUCCACCACUCGGUUGUAUCUGCGCAAGGGGCGGGGUGAGACGAGAAUCUGCAAAAUCUACGACUCACCGUGCUUAGCGGAAAGUGAGGCAACGUUCGCGAUCAACCCGGACGGAAUCGGUGACGCCAAGGAGUAGUUUUAUAAACGAUUUUUAACAAGGAGAAACUACUGCCCAUUUACAAGUGUGAAUAUUUGUGUUAAGAUAGACAUUAAGAUACGUU